UUGUGCAAGCUGGUGGCCUAUUCUAUCCAACGUUCUGUUCCCAAAGAGAGCUCAGUUUUAACUAAGAGAGGCACAGGUAGUGCCUACAAUUUCUCUGAGUGGAGAACCAGCAUGUUACUGGAGAGUCCCAGUCCUUUGCUUCCUCAGCCUCUGCAGGUCUGGCACAUGGAAAGCCCAGAGGCACUGAAGUAUCCCACUCAAGCAGCCAAGUGUUAACAACCUCUCCAAAGUCUAAUUUGCCUUUGAUAUAGACUUAAUUGUUUGCGUCACCCACUGGGCUGGGGGAGGGCUAUAAAAGGGGCUGCAGCCAUUGUCUGAGGCAGAAGAGAGCCCAGGAACAGCUCCCUCUCCCAGUCUUCCUCAUUCAGCACAGUAGUCACAGCCUGUGCAUCAUGCAGCUGGUGGCCAGCCUGGUGUCCGUUCUGCUGCUGGUGUGGAGCGUGAGAGCCACGGCACUGCCUGGAGACGAGAGACUCGCAAUACAGAGCACCAGGGAACAGAGCACAGUGCGGAAAGACGCCAUCCUGAAGAUGCUGGCGGGCCUGCUGGACAGCGUGGACGUGGGGCGCGAGGCGGCCUCCCCAGCCGUGGACGAGGAGGAGGGCAAGGUGGAGGAGGAGCGGGCGGUGCUGGGCCGCCUCGCGCAGCUAUCGCCGAGGGACCGCAAGGCUCCCUGCAAGAACUUCUUCUGGAAAACCUUCACCUCCUGCUAGUGCCCCCCAGCCCGGCCCCACCGCCUCACCUCCUGCCAACACCUUCCCCUCCCCUCGGCUGUCCCGGCCCCCCGGCUCCUUUCCUUUUCUUCUUCACCCCUCAGAAUAAAGCAUGGCGCCUCGGGGGCUCGUCUCUGCCUCUCUGGGGGGCUCUUGGGACCCGGUGGAGGUGGCGGCCAUCUUGUGGGUGUCCAUGGCGGAGGGCGCCAUCUUGUGGGGGGCGCUGGUGGGCGGC